GUGAGUAAGGGAGGGGACUGAGAAAUUUGAACUGCUCCUCAGAUCUUAAGUCCUGCGGCUGACAGAAACGUGUCGGGCAGACACAGACACGCGGCACUCUAGAGGGAGGAAAAAGUGCCUGCAAAAGAAGAAAGAAUGAAAGACUGAAAGAAAGACAGAAAGAAAGAAAGGGAGGAAGGAAAGAAAAAGCUAGAGAGGACAAGACAAGACGGCGAGAGAAAGAGAGAGAGAGAGUCGGAGAGUGAUCAGGUAGCAGCUCUGUGGACCCUCAACUACAGCCAGUGUUUGUGAUCGCUGACGGGAACUAUUCUUUGCCUGCCUGUGUGGCUGUGUGGCUGAGCUCGUUCAGAUCCCUCCUGCUUCCACCUGUCUCCCUCUCCCACAGGAACCGGACAGGCUGGAUUACAGCUGCUCAUCCAGGUGGAUCACUACCCGUUUCCCCGCAAGGCGUAGGAAAUCAUCUCAUCCGCACUCUUGGAUCUGCCUGUCUGCUCCCCUCGGCAUUAAUCUGUCCUAACGGCUUUGAAGGGAGGCAGCGGCGUGUUUAAUUGGAGCGCGGCUCCGGCUCGCCGGAGGAACCUGUGAGACCAGAGUGUGUGUCAUGCAGUGCUGACCAGUGCUGAGCCGUAGCUGAAGCCGAGGCCAGAGGAUGGAGCUGAAGGUGUGGGUGGACGGCGUGGUGCGCGUGGUGUGUGGCCUGUCCCAGGAGACGUCCUGCCAGGAUGUAGUCAUCGCCCUCGCUCAGGCCAUUGGUCAGACCGGUCGUUAUGUGCUAGUUCAGAAACUGAGGGACACAGAACGCCAGCUUCUGGCCAACGAGCGGCCGUUAGAGUCCCUGGCCAAGCUGGGUCAGCACGGGAGCGAGGUGCAGUUCUUCCUGCGUCGGACCGGCCCCAGCAGCAGCGAUUCCCUCGGCUCCGACCGCAGCCUCACGCUGCCCAAGCCGCCGCCGUCGUCGUCCUCCAACAGCGACGGCGACCUCCCGAAACGCCGGGAGCCCAAGAAGUCGCUCACCUUCAACCUGGGCCCUUCCAGCUCGCCCCGAGCCAAGCCCAAGCAGGCCCGCAAGUCCCUGCCCGCGAGAGACUCCCCAGAGCAGAGGGCGUCCCCCUCCCCGGUCUCCCACACGCCCUCACCGACGCCCCAGCCCCCCUCCCCCGCCGGACCCCCCAAAGAGGAGGUCUUCCGGCACGUUCUGCAGCAGCAGGAGCGGCUGGCGGCUCUGGAGGCCCAGCUGGAGGCCCUGGAGCGGGAGAGCCGGCCCUGGGAGCAGCCGUCGCCGUCGACAUCGACAUCGACGUCGCUGUCGCCGUGUCCGUCCCCCUCGGGCUCCGGCAGCGGGGAGCCUCCGGGCCUGCAGGGGGAGCUGGAGCGCCUGGAGGAGACGCUGCGGCGCAACCAGGCGGAGCUGGCGCACGAGGACUACUGGGAGGAGGAGCUGCGCGUGGAGCUGGAGCACGAGCGCAACAUGCGGCGGCGGCUGGGCGAGCUGCACGCCAAGCUGGACGACUGCGGCCGCCGGCUGCAGGACUUCAACGAGCGCGCCGACUACCUGGAGCGCGAGCUGCAGAAGGAGAGCCAGGCCGCCGCCAACGCUAGCUCCAACGCCAGCGCCAGCGCCUCCUCCUCCUCCUCGCCGGAGGAGUCUCUGGCCGUGAUGAGGGCGGAGAUCCAGAGCCGACAGAGGCAAGGGACGGAGCUGGAGGCGGAGUUGAGCCAGACGGAGAGCACGCUGGGGAAGACCGAGUCGCUGCUGCAGGAGCGUCAGGAUGAGCUGGAGGAGCUGAAUAAGGAGCUGAGGCAGUGUAACCUGCAGCAGUUCAUCCAGCAGGCGGGCGUGUUGCCCGUGCACUCCAGCUCCCAGACCGACCUCAACGAGCCCAUGGUGAUGGAGCAGCACAUCGAGCUCGCCCAGCUGCUCAAGGAGCGCUACGGCAUGAGCAGUCCUGUCUCUCCUCCGAUGGAGUCCCCUCCUCGUCCCACGGCCAAGCACUUCCUGGGUCACCCGCGCAACCUGCAGAACCCACUGGUGUCCAGCCUCAACCCUGAGGUCCUCACAUCCAGGGAGUCGUCAUGGAGAUAAAACCUGGACCACUGGAAUGGGGGAUUUAUCCCCUUUGUUCUUAAUGACCGCAUCUAUUUCACCCAUCUUGUGCUAAUGUCUGUCCCUCUUGUUGUAACAACCAUACAUAUAUAAACUGUAUAUAGAAAUAUAUAUUUACAUUUUGCUACAUUGCAAACUAUGCAUCUACUGUAAGAUAUGACCAGAAAGUUUAUCUUUAGAAGUAUGUCUUGUAUUUAAAUACAAUAAAGAUGUGCGCUGUGUUUUAGAUAA